CUAAGCAGCCCACUGUAAUGAAUAUUUAUAAUUAGGGUGGAUAAAUACCCUGUGCAAAGCCCCCCGAGCUGCAGGAGCAGGAGAGAUCCGCUGUGAGUCCGAGCUGAUAAAGAAUUCCGGCUCUCUGGCACCUCCAGCUGUGCCAGGGAGUUCACUCCGGCCCAUUUCGUGUCCACACUGGUUCCUGUGGCCUCUCCCCUCCAUGGCCCUCCUGGCUCUCACCCUGGCUCUGCUGCCAAUGACCGUGGCCACCACGGCCUAUGAGGUGAAGCCCCUGGACAUGGCCCCGGACUCCUUCGAUGACCAGUACCGGGGCUGUGGCCCUGCCAUGAAGGCAGCACUGCCGGCCCUGAACCACUCUGAGUUCCAGAAGAAUUGUUUCUUUGCCAAGGGAUGGGAAAAGGCCGUGGCCAUGUGGCAGAGAGUGGGGUCCCCUGUGUCCCCUCUGUCCUCCUCAGCCCAGGCCAUCGCCAUCGUCUCCUACAACAUGAUUUACGUGCACGAGGAGUUCAACGAUGAAACGAGCGUGGCCGGGCGCUCCCCCCAGGAAUACCGGGACAACUUCAACUACAAAACUCUGCAUUUCCUGCUGACCGACGCCCUGGCCACGCUGAGGGCUGCUCAGGGGCAGCAAUGUCGCUGUGUGACCUGGGCGGCGCCUCAGUACAAGUUCAAGGCAAACGUUGGCGACAUCGUCCGGUUGGGUCAAUUCGUGUUGUCAUGGCCAUGCAGAGGUGGCACCCGCAGUUUCUUUACCCCCACAAUGUUCCAGGUGCAGACGUGCCACGGUGUGGGCAUCCAGGCAUUCAUUGACCAACCCCGGAGUGAGACGUUGCUGAUCCCGCCCUUUGAGAAGUUCAGGGUCACCAACGUCAUUGAUGAUGGGGAGAAAGAGGAGAUCCACCUCGACUCCAUCGGGACCUACAGCAAAUACAACUGCGAGUGGCUGACAGGUGGGAGCGUCUCCAGAGCCCCCACCAUCUCAGAGGACUCCUCCUGGUCAUCACAGCCCUGGCAAUGGCCACAGGGAUCCUCUGAGCCACAAGGCCCCGAAGAUAUCUGUGGUCACUGUUACAACCAGGACAGCCAGAGAAACAAGUCCACCAGGACUACCAUGGCCACUACUGCCACUAUGGCCGCCUUGGCCACCAUGGCCUCCAUGUGGUCACUGCGGCCACCACUGGCACUGUGACCACUGCAUCCACCACAGCCGCUCUGGCCACAGUGCCAUGAGGACAUUGUGCAAAACAAUUGUAUAAAAUACUUAUAUCCAAAAAAUUGUAUCAAAUAA